AUGUCAACUUUUAUUGAUCAAAUCAGAAUCUCAGAGAACACCUCAAUCAUCAUUCCUGAUGGUCCUCAGCUCAGUUAUAAAGAACUUGGUGAUGUUACUGGACAUUUACAAACUUUAUUCACCAAUACAUUAUCUCCAUUAUACCAUUUAGCUAAACCACAAACCUCAAUUGCCAUUUCAUUAGUUAAUAACUUGGAACUUGUUAGUUCAUUCUUGGCCAUCACAAAUGCUUCAAGAAUAGCUGCUCCUUUGAAUCCAAACUAUAAAAAAAAUGAGUUUGAUUUUUAUCUCGAUGAUUUAAAUGCAAAAGCUGUUAUUUUACCAAAAGGUGCACAUAAUGAUAAAUCAAGUGCAAUUUUCCAAAGUGCUAAAGAACAUAACGUUUUAUUAGUGGAGACUUGGUGGGAUGAUAAAAGAAGACGUGUCGAAUAUGAAGUUUUCAAUCAUACUGCAUCCAAACCAUUAUAUUCUUCAUUGAACCAACCGGUCUUUGUCAAUAAUUAUGAUGUCUUCCCUGGAACUGCUAAACCUGAUGAAGUUGCAUUAAUUUUACACACUUCAGGUACUACAGGCCGUCCAAAAACAGUCCCUUUAACUCAUGCAAACAUUUCUAAAUCAAUGGAUAAUAUUGCAAAUACUUAUAAAUUAACUAAGAAUGACAAGACAUAUAUAGUUAUGCCUUUGUUUCAUGUCCAUGGUUUAAUUGGUGCCCUAUUAUCAACAUUACAUACUCAAGGCUCUGUUAUUAUUCCAACACGUUUCAGUGCUCAUAAGUUUUGGGAUGAUUUUGUUAAAUAUGGUGCAACUUGGUAUUCAGCAGUUCCAACUAUUCAUUUAAUCCUUUUGAACACAGAAUUACCAUCACCAUUACCACCAAUCCGUUUCAUUAGAUCAUGUUCAAGUGCCUUAGCUCCAGCUACGUUCCACAAAUUGGAAAAGGCAUUGAAUGCUCCAGUCCUAGAAGCUUAUGCCAUGACCGAGGCUUCACAUCAAAUGACUUCGAACAAUUUACCACCAGGUGAAAGAAAACCAGGUACUGUGGGUCAAGGUCAAGGUGUUGAAAUUGUUAUUUUGAAUGAUCAAGGAAAAAUUUUACCUCAAGGUUCCAUUGGUGAAGUUUCUAUUAAAGGUAGUAAUGUUACACAUGGUUAUGCAAAUAAUCCAAAAGCGAAUGCAGAAUCAUUCACUAAUGGAUAUUUCAGAACUGGUGAUCAAGGUUAUUUAGAUGGUGAUAAAUUCUUGGUUUUAACUGGUCGUAUCAAAGAAUUGAUUAAUCGUGGUGGUGAAAAGAUUAGUCCAAUUGAAUUGGAUGGUGUCUUGUUGGGACAUCCAAAAGUUGAUGAAGCUGUUGCAUUUGGAGUUCCUGAUGAGAAAUAUGGCCAGGCUGUUAAUGCAGCUAUUGUUUUAAAGAAAGGUGAAGAAUUAAGUGCAAAGGAAUUGCAAAGUUUUGUUGGUGAGAAAUUGGCUAAGUUUAAAGUUCCAACUAAAUUCUUCUUUAUUGAUAAAUUACCAAAGACUGCAACUGGUAAGAUUCAAAGAAGAAAGAUUGCUGAAGUGUUUGCAUCGAAAUCAAAGUUGUGA